ACUGUAACUUUCUUACUUGUUUUUAAAUCAAAACUACAAAUUAAUUCAUAGAGAGAAUGAAUAUUUCUUGGGAAACUGGUGUCUCUUUUCUGCGAGAUUUUGUAACAUCUCCCGUUGUGGCUUUGACAUUCACCAGCGUUGUGGGCUACAAGAUUUAUCGCAAUCUUUCGCAUCGUUUUGCGCAUCCCUCGUACGAUGACGAGGACUACAAGCGACAGGGUCACGUUGAGUUGCCCACUCCGCUGAAGGAUCUGCGUAUGAGUACCAGGAAUCUGGCUAUAUAUAAUGCAAAUAAUAACAAUGGCAUACUAUUGCUGGCUCUGGAGGGUGUAAUCUAUGAUGUUUCGAGUUGCGAGGACUUUGGACCAAACGGCAGCUUAAAGGAGCUCACGGGCACCGACAUCCUCACUUACAUUAAGAAGAGUGCCAAAGAAGAGGGAAAAUCAUUCGAAAAUCACUUGCACGGCUGGAAGAAUAUGCUCGACGAUCGCUUCUAUGUGGCAGGCGUGUUGCUAGACUACGACGAGGGCUCCGAUGGCGAUGGCAAACAGCAGACAGAACAAACGGCCGAGACCGAUUAGAAGCAUAUUGGAUAUAAUCCCUUAAUUAUGCAGAACUUUCGGGACGUUAUCGCAACAGCAGCAGCAGCAAGCAAUUAACCCAGCAUUUGAGCUCGGCACUCAAUAAUAAAGAAGCAUAAAUAAAUAUCUGCCAGAUUUG